CCGCCGCCUGGGGCCAUGAACGCCUCGCUGGGGAACCAGACGGAGGCGGCGGGGCUCUUCCUAGCCAACAGCAGCCUCUCCCUGGAGCGGGCCUUCCGCUCGUUCACCCCGCGCUCGGUGGUGACCGACGACGGCUUCGUGGUGACCACGCCGGACGAGCGGAGCCUCUACAUCAUGCGGGUGGUGCAGAUCGCCGUCAUGUGCGUGCUCUCCCUCACCGUCGUCUUCGGCAUCUUCUUCCUAGGCUGCAACCUGCUCAUCAAGUCCGAAGGCAUGAUCAACUUCUUGGUGAAGGAGCGGCGGCCGUCCAAGGAGGUGGAGGCCGUGGUGGUGGGGCCCUACUGACCCCCGCCCGCCCGCAGCCAGGACUGGACGAAGCGGCCACUGUUGCCU